CAGCUCAGUAACUCUACCAGAAACAUUGUUGUUUGUUUCAACCCUUGAUGGAAGUUUGCAUGCUGUCAGCAAGCGGACAGGAGCAAUCAAGUGGACUUUAAAAGAAGAUCCUGUACUCCAGGUGCCAAUACAUGUGGAAGAGCCAGCAUUUCUUCCUGACCCAAAUGAUGGCAGUUUGUACACACUUGGUGGCAAGAAUAAUGAAGGCUUGACUAAACUUCCAUUUACUAUCCCAGAGCUGGUGCAGGCAUCUCCCUGUCGCAGUUCAGAUGGGAUUCUGUAUAUGGGUAAAAAGCAGGAUAUUUGGUACGUGAUUGACCUUAUGACUGGGGAGAAACAACAAACCUUGACUUCUUCAUUUGCAGAAAGUCUUUGCCCAUCAACAUCCCUCCUGUAUCUUGGGAGAACAGAGUACACGAUCACAAUGUAUGACACCAAGAAGAAGGAGCUGCGAUGGAAUGCCACCUAUUUUGAUUAUGCAGCUACUCUGCCUGAUGAAGACAUAAAAUACAAAAUGUCGCACUUUGUGUCUAAUGGAGAUGGGCUGGUGGUGACCGUAGACAGUGAGUCUGGGGACGUACUGUGGAUUCAGAAUUAUGCUUCUCCUGUGGUAGCUUUUUACAUCUGGCAACGUGAAGGAUUACGCAAAGUUAUGCACACUAACGUGGGGAUAGAAACGCUGCGGUACCUGACGUUCAUGUCUGGGGAGGUUGGACACAUUACCAAGUGGAAAUAUCCUUUCCCAAAGGAAACGGAGACCAAGAGCAAACUGACACCAACUCUAUACGUAGGGAAAUACUCCACAAGUUUGUAUGCAUCGCCAUCAAUGGUGCAUGAAGGAGUAACCGUUGUGCCCCGUGGCAGUGCCAUACCCUUGCUAGAAGGUCCAAAACCAGAAGGAGUCACAAUUGAAGACAACGGGGAGUGUGUUAUCACCCCCAGUACAGAUGUGAAGCUUUCAGGCAGGCUGAAAGGAAAGAACAAACUCCACUAUUGGAAUGACUGGCUGCUAAUAGGGCACCAUGAAACACCAUUAUCUGCCCCUACAAAGAUCCUGGAGAAAUUCCCAAGCAACUUACCUAAGAAGCCUGAAAAUGUGAUUCCAGCUGACACUGAUAAAGCCACUAUUGAAAAGGUGAUUGAUAUCGUUGAAGGUUCCUCCACAGAAGUGCCUCCUGAUGUUCCAAAGGAUAUUGAGGAGAAACCUGCUCGGCCUGUCCCUCGGCCAGAGGCUCCUGUGGACUCCAUGUUGAAAGAUAUGGCCACGAUCAUCCUCAGCACCUUCCUGCUUGUGGGCUGGGUGGCUUUUAUCAUCGCUUAUCCAAUGAGUGUCCAUCAGCAGCAACAGAGGCAACAUCAGCUGGAAGAGAAGAUACAGCUUUUGCAGCAACAGUCACUGCCCUUCCGUGCUCCCGGUGAGCUGCCCCCAGAAGCAGAUUUCUUGGACACCUCCUAUGGACGCACAGAGAGCUCAGCUACCAGCACGCCAAAUGUGUCCCCUCGAGCAUCAAACCAUUCUGCCUAUUCCAGCAUCUCCACAUCUGAUGUUGGGAGCUGCCUCUCCACUGAGCAAGAGGGAGAUGAAGAUGCAAACAGAGUGAUGGUUGGCAAGAUUUCAUUUAACCCCAAAGAUGUACUGGGGCAUGGAGCUGAAGGGACAAUCGUUUACAGGGGCACCUUUGAUAACCGUGAUGUUGCAGUGAAAAGAAUUCUUCCCGAGUGCUUCAGCUUUGCAGACCGUGAAGUGCAGCUGCUGCGGGAGUCGGAUGAGCAUCCCAAUGUGAUCCGCUACUUCUGCACGGAGAAGGACCGGCAGUUCCAGUACAUCGCCAUCGAGCUGUGUGCUGCCACCUUACAGGAGUACGUUGAGCAGAAGGCCUUCAGUCACCAUGGCUUGCAACCCAUCACUCUCCUGCAGCAGACAACGUCUGGUCUUGCUUACCUGCACUCCCUCAGCAUUGUCCACAGGGACCUGAAGCCCCAUAACAUCCUCAUCUCGAUGCCUAAUGCCCAUGGGAAAGUCAAAGCCAUGAUCUCAGACUUCGGCCUGUGCAAGAAGCUGGCAGUGGGCAGGCACAGCUUCAGCCGCCGGUCGGGCGUACCAGGCACCGAAGGGUGGAUUGCCCCUGAGAUGCUGAGUGAAGACUGCAAAGAGAACCCUACAUAUACCGUGGACAUCUUUUCAGCUGGCUGUGUCUUUUAUUAUGUGAUAUCUGAAGGCAGCCAUCCCUUUGGCAAAUCGCUGCAGCGGCAAGCCAACAUUCUGCUGGGUGCAUACAGCCUGGAGUCUUUAAAUGCAGGGAGGCAUGAAGACAUAGUCGCUCGUGAUUUAAUAGAGCAAAUGAUCAGCAUGGACCCUCAGAAACGCCCGUCUGCCAGCUGUGUGCUGAAACACCCCUUCUUUUGGAGCCUAGAAAAACAGCUCCAGUUUUUUCAGGAUGUUAGUGACCGGAUAGAGAAAGAAACUUUAGAUGGUCCGAUCGUCAAGCAGCUAGAAAGAGGUGGAAGAGAAGUGGUGAAACUGGACUGGAGAGAGCACAUCACUGUCCCUCUUCAGACAGAUCUUCGAAAAUUCAGAUCCUACAAAGGAGGCUCCGUGCGGGAUCUUCUGAGGGCAAUGAGAAAUAAGAAGCACCAUUACAGAGAACUGCCUCCCGAAGUGCAAGAGACCCUGGGCUCCAUCCCAGAUGAUUUUGUAUGUUACUUUACAGCUCGUUUCCCUCACCUGCUCCUACACACCUACUGUGCUAUGCAUAUCUGCUGCCAUGAAAGACUGUUUCAGCAUUACUAUAGUCAGGACUCUGCAGAACUGAGCCUUGCAGGAGACACUGUUUGA